UUAGUCAUCAGAGUUUCUCAGUCUACAUAUUCAGGAGCUAACCCCACCCCACCCACCAUCAUCUCUCUUUCUUCAACUUGCUUAAGUGUCACGUGUGACAUAAUUCUGUGUACACUUUGUUAGGUUAAAUUCAGUGCUCUUUUUUCCCCCUUUCCCUUCUCUUAUAUAUAUAUAUAACAAGCUCAUCUGCAAGAAAGAAAAAGUGAUCAUAAAAAGUUAUAUUUGUUUUGGUCCUUUGGAAAUUCUAGUGCUUGUGCUUUUGCUUAAAACUUCCAAUAUAAAGUUAGGUUACUUCGGAAGAAACAUUAUUUCUCUUCUUCCUCUCCUUCUGUUGGCCCUUUUUUUUUCUUUCUUGUCCACACAUAUACCACAUAUGUGAUGAAAAUAAAUUAAAGAAAAAAGAGAGUAUUUGAGCUUCUUUUUUUUUUUUUUUCAGAUGGCAUUAGAAACAGUCAUUUACAAUCAAGAAUCAUUUGGGUACGGUUGCAAAGAGUACUAUAAUAUUCCAGCUAGUAAUAAUAAUUUGGGUAAUUUUAAUUAUAACUAUGAGUUGGAUAUAUUACAAGGAGGAGAAGGAGAAAUGUCAUUUACAAGCUUAUUGGAUACUAAUAUUAAUAAGGAGGAAUCUUCAUCAUCACUAAUGUACAACAACAGCACUAGAGAGUACAACAAUUGGGAUCCAAAUUCUUCUAUGGAAGAUCAUCAGCUAUUUAUGGAAGCAUCUCCGGCGGCCGUAAUGGGAACUCCGACGGCCAGGGCGGCCGCCGCUGCUUCCGGCCGCCGGAAAAGACGACGGACGAGAAGUUGUAAAAAUAAAGAGGAAUUGGAGAACCAAAGAAUGACACACAUUGCUGUUGAACGAAAUCGACGUAAACAGAUGAAUGAGUAUCUUGCUGUUAUUAAAUCUUUAAUGCCAGCUUCCUAUGUUCAAAGGGGGGACCAAGCAUCAAUAAUUGGAGGAGCCAUAAACUUUGUGAAAGAGCUAGAACAUCAUCUUCAAACCCUAGAAGCUCAAAAGAGAAGCCAUUCUCUAAAACAACAAGAAGAACAACAACAUUCAGAUAAUCAUGGCUCAUCAUCAACUCCACUAUUUGCUGAUUACUUCGCCUUUCCGCAGUACUCAACUCAUUCCAAAAGUACUACUCCGGCGGCAGCAGCAGGAGCAGCUGCUGCCGGAUGUGACUCUCCCUUGGCCAAGGAGAAAAUGUUCGCGUUGGCGGACAUUGAAGUUAGCAUGGCGGAGAGCCAUGCCAAUCUCAAGAUACUAUCAAAGAGAAGACCAAAACAGCUAUUGAAAAUAGUAGCUGGGCUUCAGUGUUUAUGGCUCAAUGUACUACAUCUCAAUGUCACCACUGUUGACCAAAUGGUUCUUUACUCCCUCAGUCUCAAGCUAGAGGAAGGGUGCCAGCUUACUACUGCAGAUGAAAUUGCUGAUUCUGUUAAUCAAUUGUUGGGUAGAAUUCAAGAGGAAGCUGCUUCAACCUGACGAUUGAAAUUAAAAAUAAAAAAAUAAAAAAAUUAACCUUGGUUUUAUUCUACGGAGUUUUAAUCUUUUCCAAAAAUAUUCACUAUUUUAUUUCGUUUUUAUUUUUGUUUUUUUUCCUUGUCUGGGUUAAUCUAAGUUCUUGUACAACAUCCUAACAUGCUACUAUGGCUCUAGCAAAAAUUAAUAAUGUCCAUCUUUAACUAGCCUAGCUUUUGACAACUUUAAUUAUGAGUACUUUGUAAUUGUUCUUAGUUACUAAAUCUGCAGUGGUUUAGGCAUGAAUUAGACAAUAAAAAUUAAUUUCAUUUACUUAA